CAGAGGCUCUUGAUCAACACAUCCAAGAGGGAAGAAGGGCGAGAAGGAUGUGCGAAGAUAAAAGGUUCAAGGGGAGAGGAGAGAGAAGAGAGAGGGAGAGAAAGAGGAGGCUUGCUCUGCAAAGACGCUCAGAAUGGAGAUGAAGAAGAAGAAGAGAAGAAGGGGGAGAGAGGGAGAGAAGAAAGACAAUGAUGGGGCGAAAAGAAGUUCCGCAGAGGAAGGAAAAGAGAGGGAGGGGAGGAAAAGGCCGAGGCUUCCAGUGGAGAAGAAGAAGAGAAAGGAUGAAAAGGGCGAGGGCGAUGGGCGAUGGGCGAUGGGCGAUGGGCGAUGGGAUGAAUGGAUGACCUCACACGUGAAGCCGACCAGACCUCCUCACUACUCCCUCCCGUCCCCUACUGCAUUACCGUGGUAUCUUCUUGACAAUAAUUCAACCCUUUUUCUCGCAAAGCCGUUGGCUGGAUUUCCCAUAGAAAAAGAGAUCAACCUUGUUUGGACGUCCAGCGUCGGUUUUUUUUGUUGAGCCUCGCGCCUCGUCCUCGCGCCGUGUCGUCAUUCGGGC